AUGCGUGACAUCCACGCAAAGGACUCUGUGGCACUCCUACGAAACCAGGGCAUCGACUUUGAACGCAAUGCAGUGGCUGGAGUUUCUUCGGUGCAUUUUGCGAAGUUGGCAGUAGCAUCUGGGCUGUUGUUCAAUAAAGCAUUGACAUGGGUCACAUUCCAUGGUGCUUAUGAUAUUGGAUAUUUGGUGAAGAUUCUGACAUGGGAUGUUCUUCCCACACUCUUGGAGGAGUUCUUGGAGCUUGUGAAAGAGCUGUUUGGGGGAAAUACUUAUGAUGUGAAGCAUGUGAUGAGGUUCUACAAUGCCCUCUGUGGUGGUUUGGAGAAGGUGGCUGACACACUUCACAUAAACCAAAUUGCUGGGAAGUGCCAUCAGGCUGAGUCUGACAGCUUGCUCACCUGCCACACCUUUCACAAGAUUAGAGAAAUUUAUUUUUUCGCAAAUGAUGAUGGGUUUAGGGAAUACAUUAAUGUGUUUUUUGGGUUGGAAAUUGCAAAAGCUUAA